UUGUUGUAUUUUUUUUAGUGCGUAGCGAAACUUUCUUUAAGAAAUAUUCUGUAACACGAUAGAAAUGUUUAUUGUCACAGCUUUAUAAGAUUGUAACUAUUUCUAGAUAAUAAAUAGUUGUAGUUCGUUAGGUUUAGUAAUAUAUUAAGACUGCAAUAAUGACGCAGCAGUUAAUAAAUGAAAAUAGCAAAUACAUUUUAGAUUUAUUUUCGGAACAAACAGUGGAUCAACAAAGCUUGGAUUCAAUAUGUGCUCAAGUACAGAAACGGUUUCCAAAAACCGAGCAUUUUAACUUAUGCCUCCUCCUAUCAUCCCUCAUCACCGGCGGAGACCUGUCCCUCCCCGGCCAGCGAGUGGUUGCCCUCGCGCUCCUCCACGAUAUAUACAAGGUGGACAGUCCGUUCAGCCCGCUGUUCCUGCACUUGCUGGAGUCCAAGCCUGGGCUGACGCCGCUCACGCCGCAGGAGAGGCUGUUUGUGGGACAACUGCAUGGGUUCACUAGCGGCAAUGUGAGAGAUGUUAUGAAGAAGACCGCAAAGCAAGUAAUAAUGACUGAAGUGAACGCCAAAGACUUGGAAAUCGACCUGUCGCCGCUUCAGUCCCUUGUGGCGGAGCGAUUAGCGGAUAUGAGUUCCACGGCCAGAGCAACCGCGCCCGCCCUCAUUCCUUUGUCUGACGGAAGCCCCCCAAACAGGAUAGCGAUGAAAGAGCUGAUCGAAGCCCUGAUGUCUACGGACUAUCUCCCUUUACACGGAACCCUGCAGGCCAGGGGACCGAUCCCGCCACCAGCGUUUCUACUGGAUGAAAUACCUUUUUCAGACGAGGUGGUAUGGAAGAAUUUAGUAAACCGCGGUGCACAUAUACCUAUGUUCGACACAGCCCAAGAUGGACUGAUAGGCCUACGACCUGCUAAAGCUAAGGACCAGCCCAAACCUAAGCAAGAAGAAAAGAAAGAAAAGCCAGAAGACAAGAAAGAGGAUGGCAAAGAGAGCCCCGUGUCUGAAGCCAAACAGUUAACACAGAUGGCGCUGCGCGGCGCGCUCAGUGUGUCCCAGCAGCAGCGCCUGCUGGCUCUGCUGGACCGGGAGCCUAACGUCGUCUACGAGAUAGGCGUCACGCCUUACCAGUUACCAGAGCUAGUGGAAAACAACCCCAUGGUGGCUAUAUCCGUCCUGCUCAAACUGAUCCACUCGCAGCAGAUCACGGAGUACUUCAGCGUUCUGGUGAACAUGGAAAUGUCUCUGCACUCCAUGGAAGUUGUCAAUAGGUUAACAACAUCAGUGGACUUGCCGGUAGAAUUUGUGCACCUGUACAUAAGCAACUGUAUAUCGACGUGUGAGACUAUACGCGACCGGUACAUGCAAAACCGGCUGGUGCGACUAGUGUGUGUGUUCCUGCAGUCGCUUAUACGGAAUAAGAUUAUUAACGUUAAGGAGCUGUUUAUAGAAGUGGAAGCGUUCUGCGUCGAGUUCAGUCGAAUCCGCGAGGCGGCAGCACUGUUCCGGUUACUCAAGCAGUUAGACUCCGGUGACGCCGCCCAUAAAGAUACUAAGGAGACUUAGAGCUUAAAACAACUGUUAGGAUACAAUUUAAUACACUCUGAUGUGGUUACUAUAGCAACCUCACUCUGGCGACGCGACGCCGACCAUAAAUAUACUAAGGAGACUUAGACAAUUUGCUAAGAUUUCAGGAUACGUAAUAGCCGAAUGCUAAUGGCACAAACGCUCAUGAAAAGAAACGCUCGUAGAUAUCUCUUGCGUAUUGGCGCGACAGAGCCAGACUACCUUUCGCGGCGUUUCGUUUUCGUUUCGCGUCGCAGAAAUGCCAUUCGGAUACGGCACCAGGAUGUAAUUUAUUGCAAAAGGAUGCCAAGAAGACUUACUGUGUUUUAGCCCUUUCUCACAAAUACAAAAGUCGAUAGGACAGAUAAAGACAAACGAUUAUUAGCUAAUUAAUGCAGCUUUAUAAAGCGUUUAUGAAUAACGCCAUUAAAGGUUAUAACUGUGUUAAAAUUCAAAUUUUCAUUACAGGAUUUUUUUAUUUUUUAUUAUAGGACAUGCUUACACAGAUUGACUGAGGCCCACGGUAAGCUCAAGAAGGCUUGUGCUGUGGGUACUCAGACAACGAU